AUUUUAUUUUAUUGCAGGUGUUGGAAGGUAUAGGCAUGACUCCAAAAUUUGAAUAAACUUUUGCAAAUGGCGUCGUGUUGCUCUCUAACUAAGCAAAAACCCGACCUAAAGCAAUGUAUAUUAAUAUUCAUUGUUGGCGUGGUGUUUAUGUUAGUGGGCGUACCAAUGAUGAUUGCUGGUAUUGUUGGCGGUUUUGCAAAAUCUGAUUUGAUCGGGUAUAUUGGUGGAACUUCUAUUUUCUUUGGUAUCUUGUUCCUAUUUUUAUGGUAUAUGUUGACGAUACCUGCUCUUGAAAAGAAGAAAGAUAAUUGGGAAAAUUCUGAUAACAUUGUGGAAGCUACAAACGUCGAAAUAGCGGCGCUUUCCGCAGGAAAAACAAUUGGUUUGUCGAAUCUUGCAUUUGAGCGCGACUUACCAGGUGCAAUGAAUUCCAGCGAUGACGUAAUAAUGUCGGAUGUUUCGACACAAUCAUCGCAACGUGAUUUGCCUGCAGUGAAUGCGGAUAUUGUGAUAGAGGAAAACUCUAAUAACAGCAACAACCAGUACGCGUUCCAAAAUCACGGAUAUGAACCAGACAAUUCUGAAAACGGAAUCGUUUCUUCUAUUUCCGGAAAUAUAGUUUCGUACAACGCUGGCCAAGCAACGUAGCGUCGGCAAACCAUGCGAACUCUAUUGAAACUGCGCAGUGACGUCACGGUCUUUCACAUUUUAAAGUUUUGCCUCAAGUUAUUUGCGACACAACAGAAGACAGAUUGCAAGAAAUUUCACCCGUUUCUCUAUUGCACAGUUUACCGUUCGUAUUUUCAACAUAUCUACAAUGCUUUUUUCAUAAAAAAGUUUAGUUUUACCAAUUAAACAAAGAGUUAGUAUGCUUUGAAGUUUAUGAAAUGUUUGUAGUUAUAGUGCCUUGCGUGUGUCCAUUUUAUCAUUUUUCAAAGUUUCAUUUCUCAUGCACUAAGUUAUAUUUUACAAUUGUUUCGUUUAUUUUUGUUGUGAAGUAAUUUAGUUGUAGUAAGCAUUUACCUUACUAGCUUUACGCACUUAAACAAAUGUAUUUAAGAGCCCCUUGGUCACUUAUUUGUACCAUUAAACCAAAAAUGUUUUUGUUGGAUAUCUAUCUUUCUAAAAUCUUUCUACUUUAAAUUGAAUGCAGUAAAAAACCUUUAUUGGGGCCAUACAAUUCUCGAUUAGUACACACGCACUUAUGUCACGUAUUGUCACUCUUUAAUAAAGAAAAAUUAAUUCAAUAUAA